AUGAGAACGACACAAACCCGCCUUGCGGCUGUUGCAGCUUUGACAUCAGGCGCCUUUGCAAUCAUCUGCGACAAGGACUCACUCCAAUCUGCUUUCCCGUCGGUUGCUACUAUUGAUUUUGCGACAUGGAUGCCUGCCAAUUCGACCCUUGGCGUGCCCAAGGCCGACAUUGCCUAUCCGGUCUCGCCGACUCAACUGCGCGCCGCAUGUGCUGUUCAGGUGUCAGUCAAGAACGGCACUUCUAACUACGGUUUUGGAGUCUUUUUGCCCGAUGAUUGGAACGGCCGUUUCCUGUGA